CUUUACUCCCUUUUCCUAAACGUUUACAUGCAAGACCUGGAAAGGACACGUUGUCUCCGGCCGAAAGAAAAGAUCUUUAAAGAAAAAAAGCCUAAAAUGGGUCUGCUGAAUUCUAAAAACCUCAAAAGCAAGCAAGUCCACAUUCUUCUGCUGGGACUUGACUCCGCUGGGAAAUCUACUCUGCUUUACAGGUUAAAGUUUGCGGAGACUCUUGCUACCAUCCCAACCAUCGGCUUCAACGUGGAAAUGGUCCAGCUGCAGAGCGGUCUUACACUCACGGUGUGGGAUGUUGGGGGACAGGAGAAGAUGCGGACUGUCUGGGACUGCUACUGUGAGGACGCGCACGGGCUGGUGUACGUGGUGGACUGUUCCGAAGGCCAAAAGCGACUGGAGGACUCUCGCAAAGAGUUCAAGCACAUUUUGAAGAAUGAACACAUCAAAAACAGGCCGGUCGUCAUAUUAGCCAACAAACAAGACUUGCCGGGAGCUCUGAGCGCUGAAGACAUCACCAGGAUGUUCAAGGUGAAGAAGCUGUGCAGCGACCGGAACUGGUAUGUGCAACCGUGCUGUGCAGUCACUGGAGAAGGGCUGGAUGACGGGUUCAGGAAAGUAACUGAGUUUGUGAAAAGCCACCUGAAGACAAGAGAGACCUUAGCAUUCUUCAAGCAGAAAUGAGACAAUGAUGACGUGGAAAUGGAAGUUCUGAUUUAUUUCCCAUGUAAAGUGGAGGGAAAAAAAAGUAAGUUGCAGAGUCAGCAAACUUUUCUGGGGAAAAUUCCCCCCCUCCCCGCCCCCGGCCCAGCUAAAGAAAGAACUUUAUAAGCAAACUAUGGGGUAAUGAUCACUGAAAAAGAAGAAUUUAUAUUUUGUAAAGGUAAAUGUGGUAGAUGAUUUGAAAGUUACAUUUAGAGUUGGAUGAAUGUUUGUUAAUUUUGUAUGGCCACUAAAGUUUAAAUAGUCGCCUGCUUAUAUAGUUAGGAUUUUCUCAUAUGUUCCCAGAUGUUACAGGCAUUGAGUUUCUACUCUGUUCUUGGGUAGUAAUUGAGUGACGAGAAAACAACAAAAAGAAGCUUAAAUUGUGGAUGUUAAGCAUUUGAAAAUCUUUGUUUUGUAAACAGAAACGCCCCCCCCCCCCAAAGCUGUCAACGUUUUGAAAUCUAUUGCUGGUGACUUCCUUUAUCUUUUAAAAAAUAUAUUUUUUU